GUGAUGUCUCACCUGCGGCUUAUGUGCAUACAAAGUGCCCGAUUCUAGACCUCAACCAUUCGCUUCGAUAUCCUACUUUGUCUACAGAAUGCCCAAUUCUUGAUCUCCAAAGUCGGCUAUAAAGGCAUGCUCAAUUCCCAGGAUUUCACUCACCUAUGUAACAUCCCCAAAUACACUGCAGCAACACCAUGUUCUCUACCAUCGCCACCCUGGUGGCCCUCACCACCUCCACCACCGCCCUCCUGCACCCCCGCUCCAUCACCCCCCCAACCGGCUGCCCCCUCCCCACCUGGCAAGUAACCACCUUCCAUUGGUACAACGGCAUGGUAAACGUAUGCUGGACCGGCAUGCCCAACUACCAACCCUGGGGGUACGGGCCCCCGGAGACGCUCGACAUCGAUUUCGCAGACGGUCUGACCUGCCACGACGAGUACAUCGGAUACCGGGUCCAUGAUAUCGGUAACGGCGCGUCGAAUUGCGGAUAUGCGGAUCGGGGCGAGGGUCGGAUUGUUUCGUUUUAUGGGAGUUCGGAUUAUGAGACGUCCACGGGGCGGAUGGAUUAUGUUCUGGGGGAUGGACAUGCGUUGGAGUGUACAAAUGGGAGUAGGAUUACGUAUCAGGGGAGUACGGAGUUUACUUUGACCUGUACGCAUGAUGCGGAUUUUAACGCGACGUGUACGGCGCCGGUGUUUGAGAUUCCGGUGUUGAGUUGGGAGUGGGUUUCUUGA